GCCGGCACUUCUUGCACGUUUGCUCUUUCCUUCUCUCCGGGAAGAGUGGGCACGACUCAGAGCGACGCGCGAGCUUCGCUUCGUCUCAGCAUUCCCGGUCACUGCCCCGAACAAGCUCCCUCGUCCCGAUUUCCCGCCAAAACCCCGAUGCGCUGUUCUCCAGUUCCGCACCUCCGACUUCACCUCCCCGUCAACCUCGCCCCGCGGCCAUCCCCGCUCCGACCCGCGCCUCCGCCGCCCUCCUCUCCCAUCCGCUUCUCCCCCCGUCCAUUCCCCCGCCGCCGCCGCGGCCUCCUCGCCCCGAGACCUUCCGGUCACGGGAGAUCCGCCGCGGGCUCCCCGAGCCCGGGCUCGCCGGAGGAUGACUUCGACGUCGAGCUGGGCCGCCUCUUGGCCCUCCUGCCCGAGGAGAUGCGGCGGAGGGUCGGCGAGCAUCCGGAGCGGAGUCAGCUGAUCGAGGUGGUCAUGGACUUGGGCCGGAAGCCGUUGGCCCGGUUCCCGUCCGGCGAUUUCGUGCUGUCGGAGCUCCCGGUGACGCACGAGGAUCUCGAGCGCGCCACGUCUCAAGUUGGCGACUUUGCCGUAGACAAUCGAGCAGGCAUCAGUCGAACAUUACAUCGCAUUAGUGGUAUUAGGAAUCGGAAGGGAACAAUUAUUGGACUAACUUGCCGUGUUGGGCGAGCAAUAUCAGGAAGCGCUCCUCUGCUGCGGGAUUUGGUUCAAACCGGGGAUUCUCUGUUGCUUAUUGGGCCACCAGGGGUGGGGAAAACUACCAUUAUCAGGGAAAUAGCUAGAAUGCUUGCGAAUGAUUAUGGAAAACGUGUCAUGAUUGUUGACACUUCCAACGAGAUUGGUGGGGAUGGUGACAUACCUCAUGAAGGAAUAGGCAAUGCUCGGCGAAUGCAAGUUCCCAACUCUGACAUGCAACAUAAGGUGUUAAUUGAAGCAGUGGAAAAUCAUAUGCCACAAGUAAUUGUAAUAGAUGAGAUUGGCACAAAGCUUGAAGCAAUGGCCGCAAGCACGAUUGCCCAACGUGGGAUUCAGCUAGUUGCGACUGCCCAUGGUGUAACUAUAGAGAAUUUGAUAAUGAAUCCUGCACUAGAGAUGCUUGUCGGAGGAAUUCAGAGUGUCACUCUAGGGGAUGAGGAAGCCAGCCGGAGGGGUGUCCAAAAGACUGUGCUUGAAAGGAAAGGACCCUCAACAUUUAGUUGUGGUGUUGAGAUCGUCUCAAAGACUGAGUUGCGAGUUCAUCGUAGCUUAGAGGCAACAGUGGAUGCUGUUUUGUCAGGGCGGUUACCUAAAUUUGAAGUUCGCAAGAUGGGGACCAAGGAUUCGAGAGGAAAUGCAGAGACAGAACCUUUCGCCUACUCUUCCCUGAGUGAUAAUGAUGAUACUGGCUUUAUUCAUGUUCCAGAUAGGGCUGGUGAAACUGCUGGCUAUAGUGACUAUGCUCCUGAGUUGCCUCCAAACAGGGAGAGUUUCAGAGAAGAUGGGGCUCGUCUUUCCUUGUAUAAUUAUGGGAUCCCGGAAGCGAGCAUAGUCCAAGUAAUUAAACAGCUGAAUUUGGGUGAAGAUGUUAUCCAAUUAACUGAUAACAUCAGCCAGGCACAUGCAUUACUUGCAUUGCAGUCCAAGCUCAAAAAAAAUCCGGGAAUUCAAGCUGCUGCUAGAUCUCAUGGAAUUCCCAUUUAUGUCACGAAGACAAGUUCACUGGUUCAAAUAACAAACGCUGUGAGGGCAUUAUUGAGGGAUCGUGAUGGGUCAGAGGAUACUGAAGUAGAGGACAAAUCGAAGUUGUUGGAGAAAACUGACGCCCUAGAGGAGGCAAGAGUGGCAAUUGAACAGGUCGUCAUUCCAAAAGGAGAACCUGUGGAGUUACUUCCAAGAUCAUCUUCCAUAAUGUCUCUUCAGCUAGACCUCAUAAGAAAAUACCAACUACAAUCGGAAAGAGUAGGUAAAGAGCCGGAUAUACUUCUGCGUAUCCUUCCAUAUGACAGUGGAAGCUACGAAGACGGAGAUUCUACAGACAACGAGGUAGUUGAUGGGUUUGAUGACUUUGGGAGCACCAAUGGCUCCACUUACAACAUCAGCAAAUUACCACUUCUACCCGAUUAGACAGACAGUCAGAUUUAUAAAGCAGGGAUACUUUUUGACUCUCAACCUCCAAAAUUAUUGGUAUCUUUUGCCUUGUUGGAGUGAGAAUCUCUCCCUGGCGUGACUCAUUGAAGUACACAUACUCGAUCCAAGAAUGUAAGUACUCUCUCUGUGGUACCUAUCCUCAAUUCAUUUAAUAAGAUGUGAUAUACGGGCUGAAAUACUGCUGAUAUCCCAUUUUUACGAAUGUGUUAUUGAAGGUUUCAACUCUCGAGCUGUUAUCUAGAUGAUAAUAUAUGGUCUUUCUUUCUAUAUGCUGGAAGUCAUAUGAAGUCGUCAUGAUGAUAUUAUAAAGAAUGAUGAACUUGUAUAAAAGCUCAGAACUUUGAUGCAUU